GCACUGUGUUACGUCACAGACACAGAACCCGGAACAAUCAUGGAAGGCAAGAGUGCUGGGGACGCUUCAGGGGCUUCAACUUCGCCGAAACCCCUCACAGUGGCUCAAAAACAGCUCGUCAAAAGACAACAAGAACUCGAACAUUGGAAGAUCCAAUCAAAACGACUGAGAAGCCGCAAUUUGAUCACGGGCCUUGCCAUCGGCGCUUUUGUGGUGGGCUUGUUCAGUUACACCAUUCUCUCAGUGAAGCAGGAGAGAAUCAUGGAUGAGAUUGAUGACGAGGCAAAGGGCUUCAUCAUGAAAGGGCCCCGGACAGGGGCAAACUCUUAGGCCCUAUUAUUUCACUGAUACCUGGCUGUCAUUCACUUUCAAUGGUGUUGCAAUAGUCUUUUUUGCUGAGGACAUUUUAACAUCAUUACAUUAUGUUAUAGUUUGGGACUCUGGAUCUAUUUAUGAUUAAAACAAAUUCCCAAAGUCAAAACCAUUAAAGAACAGUAAAUUGUAUUUCAGGAGUGUGUUGUUUCAUUCAGGAAUUACUUUUAUUAUUAUUAUUAUUUUAAUCAUCUCUUGAUUGUGCCCUUUCAUAUGUUCAUUACAAUGGCGUUCAUUAAAAAAAAAAAAACAUUUUGAGAUACAGGAACAUGAUUCAGUGAACAGUUUCUCCGAUCAUUCCUUCAUAGAGACCUAAUCUU